AUGCGGGUAUACUCAGCUCUAGUAGCUUCAAGACUCCCUAGCUGUAGACUGAUCGUCAACAGUCGUCUCCACCGCACAGCAAGCACAGCGUCAACCUCCUCAAUUUACACUGAUAAAUAUUUGGCCAAUCUGGCCGUCAUUAUAAGGUUGAACAAGUUCUUCAGGAAGAAAUAUCUCCGCCACGUCAGGUUCUCCGUGCAACACCUCCAAGUCAUAAACAACAGGUUACGCAACAAUGCCAGCCAUGUUCGUCUUCCCCAGGAUAUCAUCCCUGAUAAAUCGAUGUUUGUGUUUGAAUACUUCACCGGUCAUCUUCUACACCUAGCCCAACAGGACUUGUCUCUACAAACAAGGAAAAGGCUCCUAAAAGAAGGUCUUCGUGCAAUUGCUGAGAUGCAUGAUAAAGAUAUUGUUCAUACAGACAUCAAACCGGACAACUUCUUCGUCAACUGGAAACAUUCCGAUGAUGGCAUCACAAUCGGGAAAGUCCAGCUUGGUGAUCUUGAAGACGCUGUAUACAUUCCCCCUGGUUCAUGUAUGCGUGGGAAGCAAGCAGGCAACUGGAUGUGGAGGAGCCCCGAAGCGCAUGCUAGAGGAAAGGUGAAUAAAUCGUCUGAUAUCUUCUCUUUUGCUCUCGUUCGGGUCAUAUUUGCGGUCAGCGACGACGAAUUGGAUGAGGGCAUUGAUCGAUUAGCCAUUGUGAUUGAGCGUCAGAUCUCAUACUUCGCUGACAAAGAUGGAUUCCAUGGAUUUCUCGAAUGCCUUGAUGAUAAUCCUUGGGCGGCUGUCUUUAAUAUAACGCUAAAUGGAUUCAAUCAGGAGAAUCCGGUCAGACCAUUUUCGCUUUGGAAGGGAGUUGACGAUGAUUUUAAAAGCCUUAUCUGUGCCAUGACAAAUUUCGAUCCAAGGAGAAGACUUACGGCACGAGAAGCAUUGGCACAUAAAUGGUUUGACGUGAUUGCAGCAAUUGCCCGCCCACACUCAAUGGGCCUUAACCUUUCAGCUAUUCCACAACUCCCUGUUGCAUGUCAACUAUCAAUUAGCAAAGUUCUGGUCUCCGUUAUGGCCGACAGCGCAUAUCCAUACGACACUAGCAUUGUGCGCGAGCUUCUGAAGAAUAAGCGGAAGUCCCGCGGCAUCCGAUCCUGCUUUCCUUGUCGACACCGCAAGGUCCGCUGCGACGGCCAGGUUCCUUGCUCCAGCUGUGUCAAACGCAACCAUCCAGAGCUAUGUCGUGUGCCAACAUCUUCUGAGACCGGGAACGAGGAUCAUCCUCCUUCUGUCGCCGCCGAUGUUCCUCAGGGACCAUCUCAGAACUACAAUUCAACGAACCUCGAAAAUGACACGUCGUCGGUUAACCCAGGUGACGCAACAGCGAUCCUGAUCUCCCGCUUGGAGGCCAUCGAGGAACAAAUCGCCUUGCUGAAAGCUGAUCUUCUAGCUACGGCGGCGGCGACCACAACCAUGCCUGCCUCGCAGCCCAGCCCGCUGAGUGACAGCGUUGCCCGACUACCUGGCAUGCGUGUUCGACCUGCUAGCAAAUCACCUGGCCGGUACGUUGUCGAAGAUGCUACAGGUGCGACGAUCUACCUCGGUCGACACGCGGACGCACCGCUGGCGCUGGGUUGCCGCCAGACCACGAUGUCGGCGAUGACGGGAGAUCUUUCUCUGCAAGAUGCCCUGAUCAACCAAUGCAUGCCGCGAGCAUACCCAUUCAUAAACCUCUGGGGUGCAGACGCAACCGUGAGCGAUGUGUGCCAAACGCUGCCUGAGGAUUCGGACGUGAUCCGCUACUGGCAGGCGUACCAGACCAAAGCGUACCCAUUUUAUCCAGCGCUGGCGGCAAUUGAUGAGUUUGCGCAGGCGUUGUUCGCCUUCUUGGACCAGCGGAUGCUGGCACACGAGGCGACGACGCCGUCGGAGGAGCCAAGCUCGUCUUGGAUGGCGCUGCUGUUUGCUGUUCUUGCAUGCGGAGUCCAGUUCUCGGAUGAUCCCAUUCAGGAGCGCGAUUUGCGUUCCAAGGUGCUUAGUAGGUUGACUGUUGUGGCGAGAAAAUUGUAUUCGAAUCAAGGCGCUGACUGUGGGCAGUUUGCUCGUCAUUUCAAUGUCUGCGCCAUGGCCUUGAUUGGGCAUUGUUUGCGAAACAAUUUGGAUACCAACAGUGCGUGGAUCCUCAUGGGCGCGACUAUACGACUAGCACAAAGUAUCGGGCUUCAUGAAGCAUCUCCAUCUUUGCCGGAGGCAGAGCAGUUUGAGCGAAGCAGAUUAUGGUGGGUGCUCAUCUGGCAAGACACGUUCCUCUCUUUCACAUACGAUCGUCCCCUGGGAACAAUAGCGAUGAACUGUCCAAUCCCAUACAAACAUGACACGGAUGGUCUCGGCUUCCAGGAAUGUGUCUUCGCAAUCUGCCAUCAGAUCAUCGAUGAAGCGCGCCAGAAAACCACAGAUGGACCGCAGGACCCCUUAGAGAGCAUGCGCAAAUCCAAACGCCAGCUUGAUGGCAUCCGCGAUGCCGCCGCCCUUUUCCUCGCGGACAAGCGCCGAUGCGUCUCGCUACAGGACCAUCUCGAGCGAUUGGCGCUCGGUGUUCAUCUCGGGUAUGUGACCUGCCGAAUCGACCGGGUAUACCUGGAUGGUCAUACUGGCGCGCCCUUUCCAACUGCCAUAGCCGUGGACUGCGUGCAGCGCGCGAUGCAGGCUAUCGAGAGCUUUCUCGAUCUCCACCGAUACUCAGCCAGCGUGUGCCGCUCCUGGGCCUUUGUUCACAACGCGGUGAGCUGCGCCAUCACGCUCAAAAGCCUCAACCAUGUGCCAGUCGAUGAGCGGCGCAAGUCGGAUCUCCUUGUGCAGCGACUGAUAGCUGUGCUUGAAAAGGAAGAGAAAGACACCGAGUGGUGCGACGACGACACCAAUGUGCGCUACUUCGGGACGUACUCCAGGGCUCUCAAAGCCCUGCGUGAAAUUUGCCACAGUACCGGCUGA